AUGGUGGCCACCGCAGCAGCAGUAAUCACCUUGGCUGCUGCCUGGGGCUUGGUUGAGGCGGACGGUGGUUCUGGGCCGGAGUGUGGCGCCGGUGCUGCUGCACAAAGGGGCAAGCGGGCAGUCAGAAAUCAAGUAAAAACACAAAAAUCAGGCACUGGUGCUACAGCAAGUGUGUCACCGAAGGAAACCUUGAACCUGACUAGUGAGCUCUUGCAGAAAUGCAGUAGUCCUGCGCCCGGUCCAGGGAAAGAGUGGGAAGAAUACGUGCAGAUCCGGUCUCUAGUGGAGAAAAUACGGAAAAAGCAAAAAGGUUUGUCUGUUACUUUUGAUGAAAGAGAAGAUUACUUUCCUAAUCUAAUGAAAUGGGCCUCUGAAAAUGGAGCUUCAGUUGAGGGUUUUGAAAUGGUCAAUUUCAAAGAAGAGGGCUUUGGUUUGAGAGCAACAAGAGAUACCAAGGCAGAAGAGUUAUUUUUAUGGGUUCCAUGGAAAUUACUAAUGACUGUUGAAUCUGCUAAAAAUUCAGUUUUGGGGCCCUUGUACUCUCAAGACCGAAUUCUUCAAGCCAUGGGAAACAUCACACUGGCUUUUCACCUGCUGUGUGAGCAUGCUGACCCUGACUCUUUCUGGCAGCCCUACAUUCAGACCCUCCCCAGCGAGUAUGGCACUCCUCUCUACUUUGAGGAAGAUGAAGUUCGGUCUCUACAGUCCAUACAGGCUGUCCAUGAUGCCUUCAGCCAGUACAAGAACACAGCUCGGCAGUAUGCCUACUUCUACAAGGUCAUCCAGAUCACCACUGGGUACAACCUGGAGGAUGACCGCUGUGAGUGUGUGGCUCUGCAGGACUUCCGGGCCAGAGAGCAGAUUUACAUUUUUUAUGGCACUCGGUCAAAUGCAGAGUUUGUGAUCCACAGUGGUUUUUCCUUUGACAAUAAUUCACACGACAGAGUGAAAAUAAAGCUUGGAGUGAGUAAAAGUGACAGGCUCUACGCGAUGAAGGCUGAGGUCUUGGCCCGCGCUGGCAUCCCCACUUCCAGCGUGUUUGCCCUGCACUUUGUGGAGCCGCCCAUCUCUGCCCAGCUGCUGGCUUUUCUCCGCGUGUUCUGCAUGACCGAAGACGACCUGAAGGCACAUCUGCUAGGAGAUAAUGCUAUCGACAGAGUCUUCACCUUGGGUAACUCUGAGUCUCCUGUGAGCUGAGGCAAUGAGGUCAAACUUUGGACAUUUCUUGAAGAUCGAGCCUCGCUUCUUUUAAAAACGUAUAAGACAACUAGCGAGGAAGACAAGUCCUUCUUGAAAAACCAUGACCUUUCUGUUCGUGCAAGAAUGGCCAUCAAGCUUGCGUUUGGGUGAAAAGAGAUUUUGGAAAAAGCAGUGAAGAGCGCGGCUGCGAACCGCGAGUAUUACCGCAGGCGAUUGGAGGAAGGGGCUCCGCUGCCCAAGCACGAGGAGAGUGACCCCGGGCUGCUGGGGGGCGGCGGGGCGGACUCACGGCUGCCCCUGGUCCUGCGGAGCCUGGAGGAGGCCCUCGCCCUCUCCGAGGUCGUCAGCCGUGCGAAGGCGGCGGAGAACGGGCUUGUCAAUGGCCAAAACUCUAUCCCCAACGGGACCAGGUUAGCAAAGGAGAGUUUAGAUGAAGAGGAAAGGAAAAGAGCAACUGCAGACGCCAGAGAACCUCCCUCGGAGAGCGCUGGGGAGGCCGCAGAGCCCCUCUGA